UGGAGUUGCUGACUCCUGUGCUUUCCAUUAUCGUUAUCUAACACAGAAGGCAAACAAAUGCAGGGCCCUUCCCCUCCACUUUGGCAUUCCGUCGGCAAUCGUACUAAGUAGUAGCAAGUGAACAUUGCCAGUCCAAUAUUUUUACUCAGCUUGUAAUAAUUAUAUCGGGCAAGGUACACGUAGGGCUGUGUUCCAGAAACAUUCAAAAAAUGUGCAGAACAACUAAACAGCUUCGAAAAGAAACAGAUUCAACACGUGCCCUUCGAAGAAACUAACUUACUUUACUGGGCUGCUCUGGGUUGUGAAACGCGACGCGACGACUGUAGUAUUUUUGCUACAUGUACAUGUACCAGAAUUUUAACUAAUACGUUGGUGGAAUGGAGUCCUCAGCACUACUCGUCGAUAGAGCAAAACGAUUUCUGGAGGGCCAUGGGAGCCUGAUGUUGAACGGCGAGGGCCAGCUGGUGCACAGCCCAGCAACCCUCUACCCGAGUCCUAUCCCGCAGUCAGGUUUGGAUGAGCUUAGAGCUAUACAGCCUCUGUUCAAUGAGUUGGUGGACACAGUCAGCCGGGACCACACAUUUCUCUGUGAAGUAUUUGAAAACCUCCACGAUGAGUUCCAGCACCGCUUGUACACCAUCUACCUGUCGGUGCAUAAGGAAGGCUACGUGAAGCCCGCCAUUCUUGGUAUCCAUCGUGCCGACUACAUGCUCCACUUCUCUGCCGAAGCCAGAGCAGAACGGGAUGCUGCUGCCACAGCAACUGAUUCCACGGCAACGACGACGUCCUCCUCGGUUUGCAGUGGCGUCAAAUGCCCGCCGUAUCUUGAGUGUGCCGGCGGCGACGGUUCCCAAUCAUCCGUGCGACCUCUGCCUUACGUGGCCAAGUGUCCGUUCAAGCAGAUUGAGAUCAACACGAUCGCAGCGUCGUUUGGCGCGCUGGCCGGCCGAAUGCCCGAAUACCAUAGAUACAUGCUUGGCUGGAUAGCUGGGACGAGCAAUGAAGAUCUCAAGCGUUCACUCCCUGAGAAUAACGUGAUGGCGAAUUUGGCCAAGGCUAUUGCGGCAGCGUGGACGGUGUAUGGAGAAACCAAGGCUGUAGUCAUACUGCUAUCACAUGCCAGUGAAACCAACAUCUUUGACCAGAAUCCACUGGAGAAUGCACUAAUGCUGAAUCAUGGCAUUCGUAUGAUCCGGGCAUCGCUUCCUGACUUGAUCCAGCGAGGUCGGCUAGAUGAAGCAACUCGACGUUAUUACAUAGACAACACGGAGGUGGCGGUUGUGUACAUGCGUACCUGCUACGUACCUGAGCUGAUCACCACGGACGAGGAAUGGGCAGUACGGCUGGCGCUAGAGCGUGCUCGGUGUGUUGUCUGCCCGACCAUACCCUACCAGCUGGUUGGUGCAAAGAAAAUCCAGCAGGUGCUGGCACAUCCAGACAUUCUUUCCCGAUUUGUUCCAGAUGAAAGCAAGGCCGCCCAGAUGCAAGCAGUGUUUGCCAAACUGUGGAGCUUGGACCUGGGUGAGGAAGGCGAUAAGGCGGCUGCACUGGCACUCACUGACCCGUCGCGCUACGUCAUGAAGCCGCAAAGAGAGGGCGGAGGCCAUAACCUUUACGAUGACGAUAUCCGUGAAGCGCUUCAGCGUCUGGACGGCGACCCGUCGCGAGGUGCAUACAUUCUGAUGGAGCGCAUCCUGCCGCCCACCUACACUAACUACUUGGUCACCUCCAAGUGUUCAUCCGUGGACACGCGGCCAGUGUCCGCGGCCAGCGAGCUCGGCGUCUAUGGUGUGUACGUCAGAUCUGUGGACUGUGAUAAAGUGGAGCUGAACGCAACAGGUGGAGUUCUGCUGAGGACGAAGGCGGCCGAUUCCAACGAAGGCGGUGUGAUCAUAGGUGCAGCUUGCCUUGACUCGCCAUGGCUAGUGUGACAAGUAGUACAGGGUGUGGAGUUACUGGCCAACGUUACGUGAACUGCAGCUGAUGUCGCAGUGCUGCAGUAUCUGCUGUCACUCUAAGCUUGGCACUUGCGGGGCGUGUGCAACUGCUAAUGAGUAUCUGAAUUGACGGGCGGAGAUGAAUGAUGUGUGCGUUCCCGCUGUUGCUCUCGAUUGGACCCUGUUUACGUCAGUUUCUGACUUCGAACCGAUCAGCGUGUGUGUGUGUGUGUGUGUGUGUGUGUGCGUGUGUGUGUGUGUGUGUAUGUGUAUGUGUGUGUGUUCAUGUGUGUGUGCAUGUGUGUGUGUGCGUGUGUGUGUGUGUGUGUGUGUGCUGCUGCUGCUGCUGCUGAGAGAGCAGCUCUGCCCCUCAGCUGCCCACAUUGUAAACGCAAUUUCCGUUGGCAGCAGGACCUAGCCGGACAUUCGCGGUCCUGCUUGUGAUCCGACUCCCGUUUUCUGGUCCCCUUUUCAUAGGGGUGACACUUGCCCAUCUGGGCAGUCAUGCUGCUAGUAGUAGUAGUAGUAGUAGUAGUAGUAGUAGUAGUAGUAGUAGUAGUGUGUGUGUGUGUGUGUGUGUGUGUGUGUGUGUGUGUGUGUGUGUGUGUGUGUGUGUGUUCAUGUGAGUGGAUAUGACCAUGUCCCAACACUGAUCAUGGCUGCAUCUGGGCAGACGGCCCACUACACUACAUGUACACAAUUUCAAAGCAGUGAGCGCUACAAUUAUAGCGAGUAGUUUGCAACUCUCUAUCUCUCUCUCUCUCUCUCUCUCUCUCUCUCUCUCUCUCUCUCUCUCUCUCUCUCUCUCUCUCUCUCUCUCUCUCUCUCUCUCUCUCUCUGUUUAUAACUAGACUAUGCUUCUCACCAGGGGAUUGAACGCAUCUUCCAUUACUUUUACUAGCUUUUAGUUUCUACAUUGCUUUGGUGCUGGCACCAUCAGCCAUAUAAAGGUUAGCAUUUUUUCUGUUUUGUAGGUUCUGAAUUUCCGUGUCUGAAUUCGAGUCAUCUGGUAGGUGCAUCUUUA